AUGCUGACACGGUGGUCACAUCAUCUAUGCAGCAUCUCGACCUGGUCGUUUCUCUAUUUCCCAUCCAUCAUCCCAUGCCUAGCUCAGCAAGGUGGAUCCUUGCAGAAUACCUCAAUAGCGAAUACAUCACCGCAAAUCGAUUAUACUCCCUUUGUCUGUAAUGUCACUGGCUCUGAUUCCUUUAGCCCCAAUUGCCUCGGUGGAUGGCAAGUUUCAUCGUCUGGAGGAGGAACGAUAGUGUCAACUGAAGGUGCAGGCCCUUUCGGUGCAAAUAUCAUUCCCCAAAUGUUUUUGCAAUUUCGCGCAUCGGCGCUGUUUCUCUCUACUUCACCGUCUUCGAAUGCGUCGUUUGAAAUCGCUGUCUCUGCCGGGAAUACAUCAGUUUCCGUAUCAGCAAAUUCCAGCAUCGGUGCAGCUGCCAUUCUCAAUUUACCCGGGAAUGAGACUACGACGCUGAGUUUGACGUUCAUACCCGGUGAACUGCCUUCCCAUUUAGACAUCGGGACUAUCACAAUAACGGUGACAGAUAACUCCUCAAUUUCAUCGGUCUUACCAACACCAACUUUGCCUCCCACAAUUUCCCUCCCUUCAUUCAUUUCAUCUACGUCUUCUCUACUUCCUUCUGGUACAUCUACUCCAAGUUCACAAUCUUCCGAUUCUAGUCAUAAGCAACUAGUUACAGACGCUGUGGGUCUUACUGUGGGUCUCGGGCUCGGCUUGACACUUGUCGCAUCCCAGGGGGGGUACGUUGUGUAA